AUGGAGGCGGGCGUGCUCUCGCUCGCUCGCUCGAGCAGGUGGGACGCGCUGGACCCGCUGGGCCCCGCGCCCCGGGCGCUGCCGCAGGUCCGCGCCGCCCUGCUCGAGCUGCGCCACCUCGUCCUGGACUGCGCCGUGGGCGCGGCCGCGGAGUCCACCGUGGACCUGAGAGGCGCGCAGCUCGGCAUCGAGAGCGCGCGCCUGUUCUCUGGAGAGGGCGUGUCCGCCGACCUCGGCGCGCAGGGGGCUCUGUGCGGCGUGUUCGCCGCCAGCUGCGCCGGGGCCGCCUGCAGCGCCUCCCGGGGUGCCUUGCCGCAGGAGGGCAGCCGGCCCACCCUGCCGCGGCGCUGCAGGCCCGCCACGUGGUCUUCGGGAGCUGCGGCGGCUGGAGCGCCACGGCGCGGCCGGGCGUCUGGCUGGUCGUUGCCGUGCAGGCGGCGGAGCACGGCCUCGGCCCAGGAGGGAGCCUGGCCGCGGCGCCCGAUGCCCGGAGCAGGCCCAGGUGGCCAGAGGUGCUCUUCGCCCCCUCGCGCGGCUCGUUGGCCCGCGGGGUGCGCUGGCCACGGGGCAGGGCCCAGCGGAGCCGGCCAGCCCUGCCGCCAGAGGUGCUGCGGUGGGCGGGGGACUACUGCGAGCUCGUCGGAGGGGAGCCCGCCGCGGCGUCGAACGUGGGCGGCUUCCAGUCGCAGAAGGACUUCGGGGGACUUCCUCAACCUGCUCGAGCAGCACUCCGCGGGCGCCAGGCCGGCGCUGGGGGUGCUGCGCACCGCGCUGCUGGAUGCCGCGGGCGAGGCGCUGCGGGAGGACCUGGGUGCCGCCCACGGCACGCUGACGGUGCUGCUCCUCUCCAGCUGGCUCAACCGGAACGGGAGGGGCGACUCCAACCAGGCCCACACGCACCGCGCCGACCUCAGCGGGGUGGUUUACCUGCGCUGCGGGCGCUGCUGCUACCUGCACUUCCCCGGAGCCGAGCACUGCCUGCAGCCUGGCGACAUGAUGCUGUUCAGCCCGGGGCUGCCCCACUGGGUGCCGCCCAGCGAGGACGACGGGCCCCGCAUCUCCAUCGCAUUCAACCUGGGCGUGGACUUCGAGCGGGGCGACGCGGCGAUGCCAGUGUGGUUUACCCAGACGCGGGUACUGGCGCCGCCCUUCUAG